AUGAUGAUGAAGAUCCAAUUCAAAGUGAUUGUAUUUGUACCGUUGACACUGUUAGUGGCAGUUAAUGCUGGUCUUUUGUCAUACGGAGAAGCACCAUCUCAGGCUGUUCAUCCAGUACAACACGUAUCCAUCCAACAAUUACCUGUUCACCAUUUGCCCAUUCAGCAAUUGCCUCUCCAACAUAUCCCAGUUCAACACGCGGCAGUUCCAGUUCAGCAUUUUCCAAUCCAAGAACAUGUGCAUAUUCAAAACGUCCCGGUGCCAGCACCAACGAGUCAAAUUGUAUCUGUCCAGAAAACAAUUGUGAAGGAAAUUGAAGUUCCCUAUCCAGUGGACAAAUACGUCAAAGUCGAUCGUCACAUUUCAGUUCCCGUUGAUCGUUACAUUCGCGUUGACCGACCAUAUGAAGUGAUCAAAUACGUUCAAGAGCCAUACAUCGUGAGAGUUGAACGGCCAUAUCAUCUUCCGAUCGAAACAAAAGUAUCCGUACCGAAACCGAUUGUCGAAGUUGAACCAAUCCUUUCUGAGCCUCAACACAUUGUAAAAGAAGUUGAAUCAAAACCCGUUCAGCCACACAAUGAGUACCUUCCCCCACCACCAGCUGAACCUAAGAAUAAAUACUUACCUCCCAAGAAUGAGUACAUACCACCCGCUCAAGCUGCUCCACAGCCAGAAAAUCUUAAAUACUUACCGCCGAAACAAAAUCAACCAGAGACAAAAUCACAAUUUGUCCCACCACCACCCUUGCCACAGCCGCUCCCACGGCCCGAAUACCUUCCAGCCUCGAAAAAUUGA